CUGCGCUGUGAAGUGAGCGCCUCUACCAGCGAUCUAUCCUUACAUUCUUUCCCGUGGUCUCGUGCAUCUUGUACUAAAUAUGUCGAUUCCAGCGAGUGGAUCGUUUACCCGCUCGGCAGGUCUAAUAAGUGCAAUUGGCAAACAGCUCAAGACUAUUAAUUUGAAGCCGCUUAAAAAGAUCACCGUCCAAUUCGAUCCAUUUUAUAACAAUAUCAAGGAUACGAGACAAUUUCUCUUCUAUUUGUCGACCCCAAAAAUCUUGGGUACUAACUUAUACUGUGCCCUGAAGACGAACAUCGUAUGCGACCGUUCUGAACCCACCAUCACGUUCGAUCUCGUAUCCGGUGACAAGAUAGUCAUAAAAUCUGCAAACCUGAGUACCCUGGAGCUGUUACAGCAGUACAACAAGCACAUAACUCCGUUGGUACCCAAGGAAGAGGAAGCGAAGGAAAAAGUGGCACAGCUAACUGGAAAAGGCAAGAAAGGAGCGAAGCGAUAAUCAUAAGGAAAAAUAAAUUCAAGAAGGAAAAGGUUCAGUCAACUCGGAUUAGUUCUUAAGAAAUUCAGAACAAAGUCUGAGCGACCAGUGACCGAGCUGUGCGAUAUUAGAGAUUCGUAAGAUAGAUGAAUAUUGUGAUAGAUUACGAAGGCUUGUAGCGUGUAACAAAGUCAAGGAAGACCGGAAGUAUCGAUCGCGACGUUCUUUUUUAUUAUAGACAGAGAAGAAGGAAAACUCGAGUCCCUUUUUCAUUUUAUAUUUUAUUUCCAUUGUCGCAGAGACGAACAAGUGCGCGACGUUCCGUCAAAUCGAUCGUAACGCAUCAAACGACCUACAUUGUCAAUUCAUAUGAGAACUAGUACAAUAUACAUUACGCAAUUUCCGCGGCUUCCAUUUACUAAAGGAAGAUCCUACUUAGAGGAAUCGAAUUCUUGGGCAUUGCUAUAAUAUUGAAGAAAAAGUUUUUUAAAGAGUUACCUGAAAGUACCUAUAUACGCAUGAGCUUCGGUCGAGAGAUAUUUUAUUAGCGUACCCAUCCAAGGGGAGAUAAAAGAAUCAUCUUCGACAAAGUAAUCCAGUUGAUGGAAUAGAAAGAGGAAAAUAUAACCAAGUGAAUUUCCGACUAUCCGAAUAUUUUCUUUUGGCAUAUUUUUUACUUUGCUAAAAGGGCCAACUGGUUAAGACGAUAAGAUGGCGCACUCUGCGGGAACCAAUAAGGACUACAAUAUGAAACUAAUUGACACUCUGUACAGUCAGGUGCCUGCGUUUACCGACGUCUUCGACGAGGAAACCUGGUAUAUAUUCGUCGUCUGCUUUGUGGCCGGGACUUUCGUGGUCGCCUUCAUCCUGUCGAGAUUUAUAACUCUUAAACCGGUCGAGUGAAACCACUUCGCGGUGUUUCUCCUCCCUCGUUUUCAUCUCGACUCUCGUAUAAUUUCACGUUGUUAACCAUUGUUAAUAGAAUUCUUCGUCAGAAUUUUAAGCGCUUGCACGUCACUCGUUUUUUUUUUCACAAUGGUAUAUUUUCGUCGCGAAUAAAUUUAUCCAAUGAGUUUCUCGUGUCAGUAGUAAUCAAUGAUCCAUGAAAUUUCUACUUGCUUAUCCUUAUCCAUGACUGACGUUACCGAAUUCAUUUUGAACUAUGGAUAAGAACCGUAUCACGCUGUGAACUGAAAUCACCAGAAAUAUGAGCAUUAAGGCUUAUUUCAAUUUUCGUUGAUUCUAUACUUAGAUCCUCACUGUGUGAUGUAAAUUGAAUAAAUUUAGAAACAACAAAUUUUUACCAUCUAGUUUCAUCGCUUGUCUGUACUAUUGUUUCUGUCGAUGUUAACCAAGAUCGAGGAGGCUUCGUACUCUUUCGCAAUAUUUUUUAAUAUGGAUUCCGUGUUCCAAGAAGCAUCAAGAUUUGUUUUUAUAGCAUGAAAAAUAUCCCCCUUUUUUUUAUUAAUUGAAUUCCAGAAACGUGUAUUUAACUGUCACGCACCUCUUGAUGUUAUAUACAUAUUUCAAUGCCAAUAUUCUGCGUUCAUACACGUAGUUAAUAAAUUUCCUUCUAAACCCAUGAGAUAAUACAGUUUUCCUCGCGAAGAUGUCAAAGUCCCUCUUCUCUAUGGAAUAAAUAUGUAUCAAAUAUA